GUGGAGUAGGGGAGGCCGUGAUUGAAAUAAAAUAAAGAGGGGAGCGGAGGGUGAUCACGCCCUGGUUCGAGGCCCAUACAUUCGCCUUCACACGAUCGAGUCCACGUCCGUCCGCCUCCCGCCCCUGCCAACUCUGGAGAGUGUAGCAGUGGGUUCUUCCACGAAACAUCAGGUUUGCCGAUAGGGACACAGGGACGAUUGACUGGAUGGCCUCCUCGACGGACCAAGUGGGGAGGUCCUUCCUAGGAGGGGUGGCCGUUGUGGAAGAUGGUGCAGCUGAAGAAAGAACAGAGCCGAUGCGAAAGAAACGCAAACCAGCGAGUGCCGCGCCGGUGGCUGCCAAAGAGGGAAGCCCGCGUUCUGACGAUGUCGGCGGCAAUGGUUCGGACGACCAGGGAAACGAUUUAGAGUAUGAGUACAACUCUGAUUCGCAUUCGGAAUGGGAGGGCGCGCGGGAAUGGACGAAGGAGCAUCACGCGCAAGCUGAUGCGGACGAGUUUAUCGACGGCGUGGACGGUAUUACCGCGAGGGUCCAGUUAUCCUCGGCCCUGACAAAUCUCUGGGUAUAUAUCGAUCCUAGGAGGCUUUCCGAGGGCCGUGCUCCUGGCACUCGUGUCGAGACUGUCGGCCUGGAUCCCAGGAAAGGAGUGGUGGUGAUGCUCACCACCGACCAUGACUACACGUCGUCAAGCAAGUGCCCGAAAGUGUUGUGGGCCAGGCAGGUGGCACGGACGGCGAUGGACAUGUCGAAAAUGGACACCUACGGAAGCAUCGGGGAGACAUUCCCGCACGAGUGGAUGCUCUGCGGAAAGAUACAGGUCGAGCUGACGCGAGCUUGGUCCCAAGGCAUGGGGCCAUCACGCACGACCGACGAACACGUCAAGGGAGGACAUCAAUCCGAGCAAGGGAUGGGCGGCGAUGUCUGCCACGACGGCGGAUCUCCCGUUCGAGAGGGUAGGGUAGCGGCGGCGACGGGGGCCGGAGAGGGGACGGCGAAGAAUACGACGGACGGGGGAAAGCUUCACAGCGCAGCAACACGGCGGGCGGUCAAGAUGAUUUGCGAGUCCAUGGUGGUGUCGGCCGGUUUUGCUGCCUACGUUCUGCGGAUCUCUAAGGUACCUUGGGAAGGGCGGUAUGGUGUGGUGCUACGAGAUGAUGGGAGUAUCAGUGGUUUAUGGACGAGGUUGCGUUACGUAGUUCAUGACACCUAAGUGCCACCCGGGGUGUGGACAAAUUUGUUUCGACAAGGUUUUACGUGAGCGCGGUAAUUUAACCGUACAACCUUGCAACAAGGACUUCCCGAGGUCUCCCACCCCCGAUACGCACCCCUGUUUCAGUACGACGAGCAAAAGGCACAGCUGAACCUUCUCGAGGAGGAACAGCGAUCGUCCCUAAAGGCAGCAUUCGCGGAAUUCACAGCGCUGAAGAGGAGGUUUCCACAGGCGUGUUGUUUUGACGCCGUUGCGGAACAUCCCGGAUCCAUCCAGCUGCAAAAUGACUCCGUGGUGCGCGUGGCACUGGGAGGGCCUCUGUUGGACCCGCUGCCUCAGUCGAAGGGGGAGACCGGGGAUGGCCACGGUCUGUUAGACCAGUAUCGUAGGGCUGAACUGAAGGAGCUCGCCGAGACUAACCCAUUGGUUCGCGUUGCGCUGACCGUGAUCGAAAGACUGAAGAACGUCACCGAGAUCUGCCUGGUUUGUGGCGACCAGAUACAGGGGCACACCGUGUCGAUGCCGACCGUGUGCCACCAGCCCUUGUGCACAUCGACCUCGAGCGUGUUGGAGCGCCGGAAGCGCUGGAAGUUCGAGUUUGCUCGCUUGCCCACGAUGCCUCCGGCGAGGCAGCGCGUGCAAAAGAAGCAACAGCGUUUCGAGACGCAGCCGGACAUCGUCCUUGUUAGUCCUGCGGGAGGUGUAGAAGGACAGGUGAGAGAAAACAUUGGAUGGGCACCUCUGUACAUUGCAAGGGUUUCCGAAUCGAAGAUAAAUUCCCCUUUUGUUUCUUUGCGCUUGUUGUGACGGAAGGCAGUUCUACCUCACUGCUUGGAUGGAAGUAUAAUGUCGUUGUCCGCAUAGACCAGGGCAAUUCUCCAUGGUACUGUAAGGAGACGAAGACUAAGGUGAAGACUCAUGGCCCAGUACCACCAC